ACUAAGCAAAAUAAAAAACUGCUUAGGGAACGAAAAAACAACAACAACAUGACAUACCUAACUCAUUCUUUGCUCUUCUUCUUCUCUUGCUUAUCUAUGCUUCUUUGCGUCUCCAUUGCUGGAAGCAGACCUGUUCACGGUCCAGCUUAUACAAAUCCAUCUGCUUUCUCUCCAGAAGCUUACGAUUUCUUUCACCCAAAAUCAUCACUCUCUGAUCACAAUAAUCCACCAAAAAACUCACCUUCUUCGCCAUCACCUUCACCUUCAAAGACAUCUAUUGUAGAACCAGAUUCACAAGGAAGUAAAGUUUCAUCAGACGAACACACAACAAGUGAGAGUAGUCGCAGAGAAGAAGAAGGACGAGGAGAAACCAUUGGAGUAGUGUUAGGACUUUCUUUCGUCGCAUUUCUCUCAUUAGGAAUCUACUUUGUGAUCAAGAAACAACUUGUUAGAUCUCAGAGUUUUGCGAUUCACACUAAAAUGGCGUUCCGCGUUUUGCUCCUCUUCUCACUCACCGCACUUCUCAUCUUCUCCGCCGUUUCUCCUUCUUUCGCCACCUCUUCCUCCGACGACGUCGACGAUGAGGAUCUCAGCUUCCUCGAAGAUCUCAAAGAAGACGACGUUCCCGGCGCUGACUCACUCUCCUCCUCAGCUGGACUUGACGAAUUCGAAGGAGGUGAAGACGAAGAUCCCGAUAUGUACAACGACGAUGAAGAUGAAGAAGGUGAUUUCUCUGAUCUAGGUAAUCCAGAUUCCGAUCCGUUGCCGACGCCGGAAAUUGAUGAGAAAGACGUUGUUGUUAUCAAGGAGCGUAACUUCACUGACGUGAUUGAGAAUAAUCAAUAUGUUUUGGUUGAGUUCUAUGCGCCGUGGUGUGGUCAUUGUCAGUCUCUUGCUCCUGAGUAUGCUGCUGCUGCGACGGAGCUUAAGGACGAUGGUGUUGUAUUGGCUAAGAUUGACGCGACGGAGGAGAAUGAGCUAGCUCAGGAGUAUAGUGUUCAAGGAUUCCCAACGAUUCUUUUCUUCGUUGAUGGUGAGCACAAGCCUUACACUGGAGGAAGGACUAAAGAAACAAUUGUGACAUGGGUGAAGAAGAAGAUAGGUCCUGGUGUGUAUAAUCUAACUACAUUAGAUGAUGCUGAGAAAGUGUUGACUUCUGGGAACAAAGUCGUUUUGGGAUACUUGAACUCCUUGGUGGGCGUUGAGCAUGAUCAACUUGCUGCUGCUUCCAAAGUUGAAGACGAUGUGAACUUCUAUCAAACAGUGAAUCCUGAUGUUGCCAAGAUGUUUCACAUUGAUCCCGAGUCUAAAAGGCCUGCUCUUGUCCUAGUUAAGAGGGAAGAGGAGAAGAUUAGCCAUUAUGAUGGGGAAUUUGUUAAGUCUGCUUUAGUUAGUUUUGUUUCUGCCAACAAGCUUGCUUUGGUCUCUGUUUUCACCAGAGAGACUGCACCGGAAAUUUUUGAGAGUGCAAUCAAGAAACAGUUGUUGUUGUUUGCAACCCAAAAUGACUCUGAAAAGGUUCUUCCGGAAUUUCAAGAAGCAGCGAAAUCAUUCAAAGGAAAGCUCAUCUUCGUAUCUGUGGAUCUGGAUAAUGAGGAUUAUGGGAAGCCAGUCGCUGAAUACUUUGGUGUGUCUGGAAAUGGUCCUAAACUUAUUGCCUACACAGGGAAUGAAGACCCUAAAAAAUACUUUUUCGAUGGCGAGAUCAAGUCAGAUAAAAUUAAGAUAUUUGGGGAGGAUUUCCUGAACGACAAGUUAAAGCCUUUCUAUAAGUCAGACCCCAUUCCUGAAAAGAACGAUGGAGAUGUGAAAAUAGUGGUUGGAGAUAACUUUGAUGAAAUUGUUCUGGACGAUUCUAAAGAUGUGCUUCUCGAGGUCUAUGCACCAUGGUGUGGCCAUUGCCAAGCCCUUGAGCCAAUGUAUAACAAACUUGCCAAGCAGUUACGAAGUAUUGAUUCUCUAGUCAUAGCCAAGAUGGAUGGAACAACCAACGAACAUCCCAAGGCAAAGGCUGAGGGGUUCCCUACCAUUCUCUUCUUCCCUGCGGGCAACAAGACUUCAGAGCCGAUAACUGUAGAUACAGACCGCACUGUGGUUGCAUUUUACAAGUUUUUAAGGAAACACGCCACAAUCCCAUUCAAACUGGAGAAACCUGCGUCAACCGAAUCUCCUAAAACUGCCGAGUCCACACCUAAAGUAGAAACUACCGAGACCAAAGAAUCACCCGAUAGCACGACAAAGAGUAGCCAAACUCUUUUAGUUGUAACCGGUGAGGUUUCAACUGAAGAAGUUUCACCGGCGAUUGAGCCUGAGCCAUCGUCGUCUCUGCCGCAAUCAGAAACCGAAAUGUCUCCAUCUCCGACGAUGUCUGAUGAUAACGAUUAUCCGUCUUCGUCUCAAUUUACGGAUUCCAGUGAUCUCAACUACAUUGAUAGUACCAGAACGGGAGGCGGUGAAAAUGGCAGCGGAGGAAAGAAGACCGGAAUCGUGGUGGGAGCGAUUUCAGCUGCGAGUAUGGUUGGAUUCGGCGGUUAUCUGUUGAAGAAACGGCGAGAGAACAUUCGUAGAUCGCGAUAUGGUUACGCCUCCACUGAAUUCUUCUAAAGAUAAUCGAAAUCGCAUCUCUGAAAUUUAUUUUUCAAAAAAGGUUUGGUACAUAUCUGUUUGUUCGUUCUUAUAAUCUUUUUAAAAAAUUGUAACUUUAGUU